AUGGCUACUCCCGAAACCUCCCGAGAACCCUGCCCAGAUCGCAUCCUUGAUGACAUCGGUAGCGCCUUCGGCAUGGAGCUAAUGGUAGUUACUUUGAUUAUUGGCUUCCUGUUGAGUUUGUUGUUUCUAGCCCCUCGAUUCAUCAAAUCCGAUCAAACCAAGAAAGUUCAAUCAGAUACUAACAUCAAGACUGUAAAAUCAUACAACAAGGCUGCGGUUUCCUUGCAUAACAAAAGGACAGAUUGCUGGAUCAUCAUCAAAGAGAAGGUAUAUGAUGUUACCCCUUAUGUGGAGGAACAUCCUGGUGGUGAUGCAAUUUUGGCUCAUGCUGGUGAUGACUCAACUGAAGGAUUUUUUGGGCCACAACAUGCAACCCGAGUAUUUGAUAUGAUUGAGGACUUCUACAUUGGGGAGUUAGAGAAGUGAUGAUAUUAAAAUUGUUGAUCAUGCAGAAUGAUAGUAAUCUAUUUUAGCUGAUAGUUUUUUCCUUUAUAUGUAAUCCAUUUGAAGACAUUUAGAUUAAUUUGCAUUAGUGUUGAUCUUCAGGAGAUUGAAAAUUGAAUAACUUGAUUUGAAAAUCAUGUGUUUUUUCA